ACCUCGGAAACGCACAGGAAUACAACAAUCGUGCGUCCUAUCCCACACCCGCCCUGACCUGCCCAGAACGAGGUGAAAACCUCAUUUAUCCGCUUCUCUUCGUUCGAAUCGCAAUGGCUAAGAAACACUCAUCGAAAUCAAAAGCGGAAGCACCGGCCGCACCUCCUGCAGCUUUAGAGAUGCCCGUGUUUUCAGCGGAUGCAUUGAGCAAACUCACAGAGCGCAUACAAUCAGGAUUCGAUGAUGCAAAAAGGUCCAAGGGCGAUAAUAAGAAUUUUAGGAAACAAGGGGAGGCUGUGAGUGGGAGAAAGAAGAAUCAGAGGGAUACUAAGCCUACAGAUGGGAACCUGGGGAAGGCGUACGAAACGAAGCCGCGCGAACAAUCCGGGAAACUCGAACGGCAGAGGGCGAAGCCGGCAGAGUUUCCCGGCGCUCCUAGAGGAAGGAAGCGAGCUCGCGACGCAGACGUCCCAAAACCAGUACACACUAAAAAAUCCAACCCAAAACUUCCUCCGUUGGGAGAUAUAACUAAAGACGGCCUUCCCAGGAAACCAGGAAAAAAGGGAGGAAUUGAUAAAGAGCGCUUGUUGAAAGAAAUAAUUGAGCUUGGCGGUACUCAGGAGGAUCUUGAUCUUGUUGAUGGGAUAGACUCUGAUGGUGACGAGGAAGAUAUUGUUUUUACUGAGUCUGGAAAACCCGGCAAGGGGUUGCAGGAAGAACUCCAGGGCUUUCUUGAGGAAAUUGGGUUGGAGGGCGGGAAGUUUUCAACGGUGGGGGAUGAGUGUGACAACGAAUAUGGGGACUGGACCGACGAGGAUAGUGGCGAAGAGCUUGAAGAUGCCGAAACCGAGGACGAGGAUGAACGCGGAGGUAUGGAUGACGCCGGUGAAGAACCAAAGGCAUCUGCUCCUAUCGUUAAACCUCUGGAGACUAAACCGGAUCCAAAGUUAAAGGGUGGUAAAUUGGUAAGUCGGUAUUUUCCUGGGUCGAAGAACCUAUAUUUUCUCGUGCUUUGUGCUGAUUUUCAACUCUAGAAGGUGGCGCCCCGCCCGGACUGGCAUGCCUACAAAUUACCCCCUCUAGCUUCUCCGGCGGUGGCACCAUCGGCGGUAACUAUUAGAUACCUUCAUGAGCACGCAAAGUCACUUCUCCAGGCCGAGAAUGCUGUCUACUCGGCCACUCAUCUCACCAAAUCCUCCGACCGUCAGUUUUUGAGCACAAUUAUGACAUCUGGGACACUCUCAGAUAAGAUAUCUGCACUAACUUUGAUAUGCCAAGAGUCUCCUCUUCACACUAUGAAGUCGCUCGAGACUCUUCUGGGUUUAGCGCGCAAAAAGUCUCGUAGUCAGGCAAUAUCUUCAAUGGCCGCGAUUAAGGAUUUAUUCGGUCCUGGAUCGGUUUUGCCCGAGGAUAGAAAGUUAAGAUUCUUUUCAAAGCAGCCCGAGAUAGGAGCUAGGGAGACAACUGAGGAGCAUCUGGUCAUCUGGGCUUACGAGGAUUGGCUCAAGAACUUUUAUUUUGAGGUUUUGACAACUCUCGAGGGACUUUGCACAGAUCCAUUGGUGUUCCCAAGGACAAAUGCAACUGGAUUCGUUCACUCACUUUUGAGUACUAAGCCCGAGCAGGAGGCUAAUCUGCUUAGACUUUUGGUUAACAAAUUGGUGGGUUGACCCAAAUAUCAUACGUACUAGGGACCCAUCGGUUAAUCUUGCGGAAUAGGGUGAUAAUGAUAAAAAAGUUGCCUCAAAAGUUUCCUAUCUGCUGCUCCAAUUACAGACGACCCACCCUGCUAUGAAAACCAUUAUCAUUAGCGCUAUUGAAUCGGAGGUUCUAUUUCGUCCCGGAAAUGGACUCAAUGCCAAAUAUUACGCCAUAAUCACCCUUAACCAAACAAUUCUAUCGGCCAGAGACAACUAUGAGGCUGCUAACAAGCUUCUUGGAGUAUACUUUGCUGCAUUCACAUCUCUUCUCCAAGACGAAUCUACAACUACCGCUUCUUCAGGGGGCGCAAAGCAUAUCAAGUUCAAUGACACCGCCAAACCACCACCAAAGAGGGGCAAGAUGAACCGCAAAGCCAAGGCGCGCGCUGGGGCAGAGGAGAAGAACAAGCAAUUUCGAUCAGACCUGAUCGCAAAACUGUUAUCGGCAAUCCUAACCGGUGUAAACCGUGCAUUCCCAUUCUCGCAAGUGGACGACAAUGUGUUCGAGAAGCACAUAGAUACGUUGUUUAAGAUCACGCAUUCUGGCAACUUCAAUACUAGUAUUCAGGCUAUGAUGUUGAUUUUCCAGGUUUCAAAUAGCAAGCAGGUAUAGCCCUCCGGUCCUCAAGGUCAUCUUAUGCUAAUGCUAUAAAGGCUGUUUCGGAUAGGUUUUAUAGGACACUUUAUGAGUCACUUCUGGAUCAGCGACUUGUGAAUUCUUCAAAACAGGCCAUGUAUUUGAACCUGCUAUUUAGGGCACUCAAAGCGGAUACCCAGGUAAAGCGUGUUAAGGCGUUCCUGAAACGAUUAGUUCAGAUUGCUGCAACAUUCCACCAACCUCCUUUCAUCUGCGGCGUUCUGUAUCUACUUAAUGAGCUAUGUGAUAGUGUACCUUCUGGCCGCUCUCUGCUGGAAGAACCCGAGCAACUGGAGGAUGAAGAAGAAGAGGUUUUCAGGGAUGUUCCCGAGGAAAGAGAAGGGCGAGCAGAAGAUACUGCAGGAGAACUUUCAGUAAAGCAUGUAGAAUAUGAUGGGAGGAGAAGAGACCCAUUGUUCACCAAUGCCGAUAGGACUUGCCUUUGGGAACUGGUAAGAUUGUCCGUCCGUGAACCAAAACCGGAUCACCACUGACUAAAACCGCAGAUACCCCUCCUCCGCUGCUACCACCCUUCGGUAGCCCUCUUCGCCACCAGCUUCUUAGAGAACAGACCCAUGCCUAGUAAACCUGACUUAGGAAUGCACACCCUAACACAUUUUCUCGACCGCUUUGUCUACAGAAACUCAAAGGCAACUCCCACCCUGAGCCGCGGCUCCUCAAUCAUGCAACCUCUUGGUGGCGGCGACACAAGAGGUGUAAUCCUCUCCACCCGGGGCAUCAGCAAAGCCCAAAUCCCAGUCAACUCAGAAGCCUUCUGGAGGCGAAAAGUCGAGGAAGUGGAUGCUGACGAGGUAUUCUUCCAUAAAUAUUUCAACCAGAUCGCGCCGAAGAAGUCUGCUGCUGAGAAGAAGAAAGCGAAGAAGGCUGGGAGGGAUGGGGGUGAAGACAAAGAGGAGGAUUCUGAGGCUGAGGGUGAAAUUUGGAAGGCUAUGGUUGAUAGUCGGCCAGAUAUCGAGGAGGGGGAUGUGGACAAUGACGGCGAGGAUAGCAUUGCGGGGUUCUCUGAUAUUUCAGAUGACAGCGGCGAAGGAAUAUCAAAUCUUGCAGAAGAUGAAGAUGAUGUCUGGGGGAGUGAAGAGGACGACGAGAAGGAAGCGCCGAGGAGCUUUCAAAAGGCGCUUGAAACAGAGUUGGAAACUGCGACGGGGAAGGACAAAGGGGAGAAUGCGGCGGUGGGAGGAGGGAGUAAUAAGAAAAGGCGCAAAUUGAAGCACUUGCCGACGUUUGCAAGUGCCGAGGACUAUGCUCAUAUGCUCGAGGAUUGAGAUUAGUAUUGUGAGAUGAGGAGAGUGGUAGUAAUGGUAGGGGACACUUGUAUUAUAUCAGAUAUUUGUGAGAUAGGUUGAGAUAAAAGCAUUUGUUGAAUAUCAAAUUUCUUUUGGU